AUGUCUUGCCAUGUCGAGCAUCGGAAGGCGCCGUCUCGCCCAUCGCGCCGCCGCCCGGCGCGGCUGAUAGCGGUCGUUGCUUUUGGAGGCUUGGUUAUCGCGGGUGUCUGCCUCUGCAUGCUCUACUUGAUCGACGCCCAGUCAUUCGUCGACUCUAAUCAGGCAUUGUUUGCACCUGUGACGCCUUCGCCAACCGCCAUCGGUGCCGAGGCUGGUGGUGCGGCAAACCAACAUGAACAGGGCCAGCGCCCGGCUCAGUCAGAGCAUCAAGACGUCUCCAAUGACAGCAACGUCCUGCACCCCGAGCAUCAUGUACAUCGCGCUCCGACAACAAUCCACCUGAGUUGGAACAUCACUCGAGAAACUCGCUCGCCCGACGGCGUAUCGAAGCCCGUCUACCUGAUCAACGGUCAAUUCCCCGGGCCCGUCAUCGAGGCCAGGUCUGGGGACGAGCUGGUGAUCCAGGUGCAUAAUGCCGUGAACCAACAUGACCACCCAGGCAUUUCCAUCCACUGGCACGGCCUGUCGAUGGAAGGCAGCAACGAGUUGGACGGCGUGCCGGGCUUGACGCAGUGCGCCACUGAAGCAUCCCAGACUUUGACAUACCAAUUUCGCAUCGCCCAUCAUCAGCACGGCACAUUCUGGUACCACGCUCACUCGGCUCUGCAGCGUGCAGAUGGCCUCUACGGGGGACUAGUUGUCCACCGGCCUGUCCAGGACGGGAGUAAAGGGGAUGAAGCCCUGUAUGACUACCAGAACGAGCAACUUUUACUUAUCGGGGACUGGUAUCACCGGACGGCACAAGACGUCCUGGAAUGGUACCUCGAUCCGGACCAUUACGGCAUGGAGCAACUCGAGCCCGCCCCCGACUCUCUUCUCUUGAACGGAAGGGGCCGCUUCAAUUGCUCCAUGGCCGUCAAGGCGCGCCCAGUCGAGUGCCACGAUGUUGAGAAGCCCCUUGUUCGACUGCUCAACGCCCAACGCAUCCGACUUCGUGUCAUCAACACCGGAGUCUCAGCAGCUUUCAGCAUGGCGGUAUCCAACGCCACCAUGGAGCUCAUCACGGUAGAUGGCGGAUAUCCCGUCGACAACGAAACGUCCAGCACCAGAGCCAUUGGCCUUCUCUACCCCGGAGAACGCAUUGAUGUCGUCCUGCAUCGUACCCCGGAGUACUCUCCAUCUUCUACACAUGCCAUCUCAACGAAUCUAACAUUGGCACUCGACAGAGAGAACAUGCCACUGUGGAACUUUGCCUUGACUCGCACGCAGUCUUUCCAGAUGCAAUCCGUCGGCGGUGUGAGAGACGGGGCGCAGAGGCAGCAUCCUCGCCAGAGACCCCCGGUGGAUGUCCUGGAUUUGGCCCACGUACUCGGACAGCCCCUUCAAGAAGCACAGCCCGGGAUUGCAAAGCAGCCGAGCCAACGGGCAGUUUUGUAUUCUACCAUGAAGAUCCGAGCUGCCAACCACAACCGUCCAGUGGGCUCGAUAAACCACACAUCCUGGGUUGCCCCGGAUGCCAGAGCCCGGCCCCUGCUGACCUUGGAACGGGAAGAGUGGGAGACGAUUGUUCCACAGCCCACCAGAGUGCACAAGUUCCAAGUCCCAUGGUUCCAAGAGUCUGGAGCAGACACGUGGGCCGAUGUUGUGGUGAACAACUUUGACGACAAAGGCCAUCCAUUCCACCUAGUAAGCGCCCGCUCCCUCUUGUCUCCCUUGUCCUCACCCCGCACGAUUCGUCAACCAACGCUCCAACAGCACGGCUACGAGUUCUUUGUUGUGGCCCGAGCCCAGGGGGCCGGCGUGUACAGAGGCUACAACCCCUUCGACGCGCAAAGCGUGGCCGACGCAGGGCCCCUGAACACGCGCAACCCGCUGCGUAAAGACACGGUCUACAUUCCCGCCAUGGGAUACGUCGUCAUGCGUUUUCCGCUGCGCAACGACGGCCUGUGGCUUCUGCACUGCCACGUUCUAUGGCACCAGGCCGUCGGAAUGGGCACGGUGAUUCAAGUCGGCCGAAUCGCGGAGUCUGUUAAGCAAAGGUCCAGAGAGACGUGCUUUUCCCCGUCUGGUCGGUAG